UUGGGCAAGGCAAGGGUAGCCUAUAUUAUCAUACUAUCAAGGCUGUUUUGGUUGGCUUUGGGGUGAUUGUGCUAACAUGUUCCGCUGAUUUCAGAGCGAGAAUUUGAUGUAUAAGUUGUUUUUGUACUUUUAUUUUGUAGUUCUUGCAAAUCAAAUUUCACAACUAUGGAUGAAUUUGGUGACAAGGCGAGUGACGAAAAUGUGAGCAGUUUGAGUUUGGGAGCAUCAUCGUCAACUUCACUGUCUUCACCAACAAAUGGCAUGCAAGUGGACACGCUCUCCUCGCCUUCUCAGUCUCAAGGGGAGCUCAAAGUGGACGAUGGUGGUGCAGCAGACGGAGAGAAAAGGAAUGCCUCUUUCUUAAGUCCCAGCCCAAGCCCAAGUCCUGGGACACCUACGUCGGGUAAAGAAUCGUCUCCUGUACUGGGCUCAUCGACAGACAAACUAGGUUCCUCACCAAAGACAAGUCGUGGCAGCACACCAGAGAAAAGAGCUUCAUCCUCUGACAGAGAAAAGACUCCAGAAGGCGGAGGUAGUGGGAAGGAUCGAUCCUCAUCACAUGAGAAAAGUGAGCCAUCAACGUCAGCAUCCUCUUCUUCAACUUCUGCAGGUCCCUCUCAAGACAGGAAGCGGAAGUUUGAAAUGUCUGAGGAGGAGAUAAAGCAAGUGUUGAAGAAGCAUCAGAAACAGGAAGAGGAUAGAAUGAAAAUGCAAGGGGGUUUUCACGAGAGGGUGCUUGUGUCAAAUUUUUCUGAAGAGCAGCUGAACAGAUACGAAAUGUUUCGACGUGCAACUUUUCCAAAGGCAGCUAUCAAAAGGCUAAUGCAGAACAUCACUGGAACCACUGUGUCACAGAAUGUGGUCAUUGCUAUGUCAGGCAUUGCCAAGGUUUUUGUUGGGGAAGUCAUGGAAACAGCUCUUGAUGUGCUGGAGAAGUGGGACGAGUCGGAGCCUCUUCAGCCUCGACACCUGAGAGAAGCAGUGCGGGUUCUGAGGGCCAAGGACAUGAUUCCUUCUACCAAGAGCAAAAAGACUUUGUUUUAACUUUACUCCGCUGACUGACCAUGUGUUGUGGCUGUGUUCAAUCUGCCUUUACUGUUCACUGGUUUCCGGUGAUAAAGUGUUGGGACAGGUAAUGGCCCAGGGAAAAGCGAGGAAGCCCCCCUUCCGACUGACAGUGGGAGGGUUAAGAAUCCCAGAAGGACAUAAUGACUUUCUUCUCAUCGCAGACCAUAAACAGUGACAAAGCUAUUUUUGUUGGACGCCAUGAGAUUUUUUUUCUCUCCCGGUUCUUGGUCCUGUGGAUUAGUUUGUCCUGAGGCUCAUCCUAGUCUUGUUCUUUGCCUCCUUCGCUACAAGGUCUGAAGUAUGCUUUCAGCGUAAUUAAGAUCCUUUGGCAGUAAAAAAAACCUGUUAAACAAAGGACUCAUGUUCAGACUCAUGUGCAGGGACAAAGUAUCCCCUCCAAGUACUCGCAAGAGUAUUCCCAAAGUUUUUAAAAUUGUGAACUUGUUUGUGAGAAAGAGAGAGAGAGAGAGCGCUUGUACAAACAAAUAAAACAUUUUAUGCUCUUUCAAAAA